CGCGUGGCUCACUUAGGCAUCUCACAAAUCAUUUGAUACGGAGUAGUUCAUCCUCCUUAUUGUGGACAAAUGUCGAGAGUUUCCGACGUCGUAGUUUUGUGUUAUCAGCAACGUCUUUCCGUGUUUUCCCGAAGUCACUCGUCACCAUCAAUCCCGUCAUUUCCCUACGGAGUACAUACCACAAAGUUGGUUUGUUGUUGGCUCUUUGUCGGUGUCGAUAUUGGCUGUCUCCCCCCCUCCCCGGCAUUUCACGGCUUACAUAACGACGCAAAAGGAGCGUGCCUUGAACCUACCUAUUGAGGCCGAGCAUCCGUUCACAUAGUAACUAACCCCCAAGGAGACAGAAAUGUGGCUGCGAGACUCAUCGAACACGGUGGGUGGUCUUGUCGAACACACACCCACACGUCAUUCUGGGAAGGGGGGAGGCACCGACACAGGUAGGUAGGCAAAUCAAGCACACAUACUAUAUAAAGACAAACAUGGAUGGUCGUGGUAAGGAAAAGACACUGAUAAAGGGAGUAUGUCCGUUGGAAACAACCCCCUCUCCCCUCGCGAAAUUGUAUGGUACAACCACCACCGACCAACGAUCCCCGAGAUAUCUUACUUUGGUAACCAACAACAAAGAUCGUUGACCUGACAAGAAAUUCGUCUCCAACAUGACUCUGACUCCAGCAAUAUCACCACCACCACUCAAGGACAAGACCUUGUUGAAGAACCAAGGUUGUAUCGACGGCGAAUGGACAGACGGCAAAUCAGGAGAGACGUUUCAACUCCACGACCCGGCGUCUGGUGACCUCCUGGGGACGAUGCCGGACAUGGACGAGGAAGACACGCAGAGGGCCAUCGGCGCCGCCGCCGCCGCGCUGCCAUUGUUCCGUAGGACCACCGCCCGGGAACGCGCCCGCCUCCUGCGUAGGUGGUACGACCUGGUGGUGGCCAACGCCUCGGACCUCGCGACCCUGAUCACGUACGAGAACGGCAAGACCCUGACCGAGGCCCGGAACGAAGUCGAAUACGCCGCCGAUUUUUUGGAGUGGUUCAGCGAAGAGGCCCCCCGCGCGUACGGAGAGACCAUCUCGGCGUCGGUCGCAGGUCGUCGCGUCUACACCCUCAAAGAAUCCGUCGGGGUCUGUGGUCUCAUCACCCCUUGGAACUGGCCGGCCGGGAUGAUCACCCGGAAAGUGGGAGCCGCCCUGGCCGCGGGGUGUACCGUCGUCCUCAAAUCGCCUGGCGAGACCCCCCUGACGGCCGCCGCUCUGGCGGAGUUGGCCCACCGAGCCGGUGUGCCCGCGGGUGCCUUCGACGUGGUGACGGCACUCUCCAACACACCCCGGGUAGGAUUGACCCUCACCACGUCGCCCACGGUGAAGAAAAUCUCGUUUACUGGAUCCACCCGAGUCGGCAAGAUCUUGAUGUCUCAAUCGGCGUCGACACUCCAAAAAACUCUCCUUCGAACUCGGUGGGAAUGCCCCCUUUGUCGUCUUUGACGACGUCGAGGACCUCGACGCCGCCGCCGCCGGUGCCAUACAGUGCAAGUUUAAAGGUUCGGGACAGACUUGUACCUGCGCCAAUCGGAUUUACGUUCACGAAAAGAUUUAUGCCGCAUUCGUCGAGGCUUUUGUGGCCGAGGUGAAAAAGUUUCGAGUCGGUCCCGGACACGAACGAGGCGUCACCCACCCACGGUCCUUUGAUCCAUGGUCGCGCCGUGACAAAGGCCGAAGGACACAUCGAGGACGCGACCGGGAAAGGUGCGACGUUGCUGGUCGGUGGGAAAAGGUUGCCCGAAUUGGGGCCCAACUUUUUCGAACCCACCGUCCUUUCCGGCAUGACGUCCGGUACGUUGUUGGCCAGAGAGGAAACCUUUGGACCCGUGGCUGGACUGUUUUCGUUCGGGUCGGAAUCAGAGGUCAUCGAGCUGGCCAACGAUUCCGACGUGGGCUUGACCGGAUACUCUUACUCUCGGGACGUCGCUCGGUGCCACAGGGUCGCAGAGGCACUCGACGUGGGCAUGGUGGGCGUCAACACGGGAGCCGUGUGUCGGACGUCGCCAUGCCUUUCGGCGGCGUCAAACAGUCCGGGUUCGGCAGAGAGGGCAGCAGGUACGGAAUCGACGAGUACAUGGUCGUCAAGUCGGUCACGUACGGGUGAAGUUGGCCAAAGCAAGCCAGUCGGCCGUUCUGCAUGUUCAUCUAUCAGUCUAUCAAUGACCUAUUGAAUCUUUUCACCAAAAAAGGAGGGGGGACGCUUCCUACGGUAUUCUUGCAAAUUGGACGAAGUUGAGAGACGAAGGAUCGAGGUCAUCUAUUCUACAAGAUACGAGAGAAACGACAAAGAGACGGAGAAUCGAAACGUGUUCAUCUAAUACAUACAACUCACGAGUAGUCUUUUCAUAGUCUCAUGACAUCCCUACCGAACAAGAAAUUCAUCACCAUCGCCCACAUUAUGAGCACCCAA